AUGUCAUAUAGCUCACCUGCCUUAUCAUAUCUACCUCGGCCUGAUGGGGUGGUCCUUGCAGAUAGUCCAGAUAGACUUGCUAAGGACGGCUUGUAUCACGCCGUUCCUAUCAUCAUUGGCAGUCAGGAGGAUGAGGGCACGGUCUUCUCCUUCAACCAAAGGAAUAUUUCGACAACGCUACAUCUAAAGGAUUACUUGGUCGACUAUUUUGAGCAAGCUAGCUCCUCCGACAUUGACCUUCUCCUAAAGUAUUAUCCAGAUGAUCAAAGAUUGGGAAGUCCAUUCAACACCGGCUUCAAAAACACAUUAUACAACCAAUAUAAGCGUCUAGCGGCUAUACUCGGUGAUAUCACGUUCGCCCUUACUCGGCGUUUGGCCGCUGAGCUCAUGACUGAGGCUAAUCCUGAGGUUCCUGUGUGGUCAUAUCUCGACUCGUCUAAGACUAUCGUUCCUUACCUCGGCACAUCUCACGGGACGGCUAGGUUUUUGGUAUCCGAAAAACAACUUGGGGACUAUUACUUGAACUUUCUUUAUAACAAAGACCCUAACGUAGACAGUCGCCUCAACUUCUGGCCCAAAUGGGCUGGUAAGAAAAGGCCAAUAUUAAAAAUACAGAGCGACAGUUUCUUUCCUCGUGUUAUCAUACAUGAUAACUUCCGGAGCGAGCAGUACGAGUAUAUCCGGGAUAACACCGAGACAUUCUCCUUCUAA